AUUCAAUUCCUUUGAAAAAAGACUAGCGCCAACAAUGCGUGUCGUCUGGUUUUGCUUUAAGCUGAUUGAGGGCUGUUUAGGCUGCCUCUGCAUGGGAACACAAAUCGAAGGAUUUCUAAAUGUGGCAGUCUCGCAGGAUUUAUAUCUUUACAUUACCCUCUUUUCGGUAUCCACAUGCAUCAGUUUUUUUGGUUGCUUAAAUCUUUGCAUGGAAAACGAUCCAUCGUUUAUACGGGAAGUGAUUUGGAACGGUUUCGCUUGCUUUGGCUACAUUCUUGCAUCAAUACUAACCAUGUAUCACGCCGAAAAGGAUUUAUAUUUAAUUUACUUGUCCGACCUAGAGAUAAUCGAGGAUGAGACUACGCACUCGCUUUUUAAUUACUCCAAGUUUCAAGCCAUAUCUGCCAUUGUCACCGGAGUUGUUCAUUUGUUGCAUUCGGUGCUCGCCGCUGACAUAUUAUUUACAGAUAUCGCUGUCGCUAAAGCAGAGGAAAACGGUAUUGAAGGGAAGAAUCGAUUUACUCUGUACUUCGGAGGUUUGUGGAUUCAUACACGCCUAAUGAAAUGGAAAUGGUUUCGACGAUUUGAGAGCAAAAUGCUUACAUCAGAUAUUGAAUGA